AUGCCUGGACGGAUUGCACAGGUCUUGAAAAAGAAGGAUAUUAAAAUAGAGUUUUAUGCGUAUUCUACCUGUAUCUCUGUAUAUAUGUACAACAUGUUUCCCUGGUUGGGUCCGUGGAUUAAGAACCUGACGCGGCUGAAGAAAAAUGUUGCUGAUAUGAAGAUGCUGGUGACAGAGCUGGUGAGGGGCCUGAAGGAGACUCUGAACCCUCAUAUGUGUAGAGGCUUUGUGGACUCGUUCCUCGUCCGAAAGCAAACCCUGGAGGAAUCUGGCAAUAUGGAUUCUUUCUACCAUGACAACAACCUGGUAUUUAGUGUUGGUAACCUGUUUGGUGCUGGUACCGACACCACCGGGACAACCCUGCGCUGGGGUCUGCUGCUUAUGGCCAAGUACCCCCAUAUACAGGACCGGGUCCUGGAGGAGAUCAGCAGGGUUAUAGGAAGUCGUCAGCCCUUAGCAGAGGACAGGAAGAACCUGCCCUACACUGAUGCAGUGAUCCAUGAGACCCAGAGACUGGCCAACAUUGCACCCAUGUCCAUCCCUCACAACACCCGCCGAGAUGUCACCUUCCGGGGAUACUUCAUCAAGUGCAGGGGACAUCUGAUUCCUCUACUGUCGUCGGUCCUACAGGAUGAUAGCGAAUGGGAGAGCCCCCACACUUUUAACCCCACCCACUUUCUGGAUGAGCAGGGAGGAUUUGUCAAGAGGGACGCCUUCAUGGCCUUUUAUGCAGGUCGUAGGGUGUGUCUGGGCGAGGGUCUGGCCAGGAUGGAGCUCUUCCUCUUCUUCACCUCCCUCCUGCAGCACUUUAGUUUCUCUCCUCCUCCUGGAGUAACAGAGAAUGAUCUGGACCGCACACCAUCCGUGGGGUUCACCCUCAACCCUUCACCUCACCAGCUCUGUGCUGUGAUCCGGAUCUGAGAUGCAGUGGCAAUUUUAACACGAAAACAUUGGUGGGGCAAACUCAAUCAAAAAAAUGAAUAUGCACUGAAACAUUACAUAUUAAAUACACCCUCAUAAUAACCAAUCCCUGAAAUUAGUUUGUGCGACACACACAUACAUUCAUAUUUUGUGUCUGAUCAGUUCAUAGGCUACUUCAACUAUCUUUUUAGAUCUAAUUGCACUGAAGACAGCAUUAGUCAAACAUACUUUAAUAGAAUAAAGUUUAUUUUACUUCAUUUUCAGCAUAGGUCUGCAUUAUUGAUAAUCAUUUUAAGAGUAUUGGGACGCAUCCUAAGCACAUACUAAGUGCAGUUGCAUCUACCUGGCUGUUAACAUUAUCUAGUUUCAUAAUCUAUGCUUCUAUUUGUCCCUUUGCCAAUGUUUAUAACUGUUAACACCAUGAGUGCUUUAGUGUGUGUGUGUGUGUGUGUGUGUGUGUGUGUGUGUGUGUGUGUGUGUGUGUGUGUGUGUGUGUGUGUGUGUGUGUGUGUGUGUGUGUGUGUGUGUGUGUGUGUGUGUGUGUGUGUGUGUGUGUGUGUGUGUGUGUGUGUGUGUGUGUGUGUGUGUGUGUGUGUGUG